AUGACAAGUAAUGGUAAGAGAUCUAAACACAUAUGGUCGAAGGUGGAGGACGCUAAGUUGGUGGAAGCUCUAUUGUAUUUAGUGGAGACCGGUUGGAGGUCCGACAAUGGGACGUUUCGACCAGGUUACCUACAACACUUGGAGCGAAUUCUGCAUGAGAAAGUGCCCGGGUGCACACUGAAUCAGAACACCAUUGAGUGCAAGGUGAGAAGUCUGAAGAAACAAUACAACAUAGUAUCAGAGAUGUUAAGUCAGUCAGGGUUCGACUGGAACGAGGAGUUCAAAUGUGUCCAGGUCGAGAGAGAGAUUUUCGAUCUUUGGGUUCUGAGUCAUCCCAAUGCGAAGAGGAUGUGGAACAAGCCAUUCCCACAUUACGAUGACUUCUCCACCGUAUUUGGGAAAGACAGAGUAGUAGGGAAAUCAAGUGAGGACCCAUACGUGAUGGCGACGAAUGCAUUCAGAGAGUUUGAAGAUGAGAUUCGACUUGGAUCACAGGACUGUCAAACCCCUGAGGUUCGCCAGACAGAAUCACCAUUAAAUCAAGAUGAAAUAGAUGAAGAGCCAGCAGAACAAUCUACAGGUAGAGCGAGUGUACCAGCCAAGUCAUCUCGAGGCAGUAAGAGGAAGAGGCCAUCAUUCUAA